UGUCUUAAAAGUUAACAGCGUCAUCAUGAGGAAGUGAGAUGUAUAAAUACAUCCGUCCUGUUUUGACUGCAUUAUAGACGGCACAGACGACACAACAUCAAGGAAAUGGCAUCAACCAUGGAGACACACUUAAAAAAAGAAAGUCAGAGCUCCAAGGCAGAUUCUGGACAUCCAGCUGUCAUAGACGGUGUCCUUCUGAAUGGGCCCACUCUGAACAUACUUACAGCAGAAAACUUCAUUAACCAAUCCAUGGCCAUCAUUAUGGAAGAUGCAGUGAAACGGGCCACUGAUGUCAGAGAAAAGGUUUGUGAGUGGCGCUACCCAGAGGAGCUGAAGGAGUUGUUGGACCUUGAGCUGAGAGAGGUGGGAGAGUCAGAGUCUAAGAUCCUUCAGCGCUGCAGAGAUGCCAUCAAAUACAGUGUCAAGACCACCCAUCCUCGUUUCUUCAACCAGCUGUAUGGGGGGAUGGAGCCCUAUUCCAUGGUGGCAAGCUUCAUUGUGGAGGCUCUCAAACCCAGCCUGUACACAUAUGAGGUGGCUCCAGUCUUUUCACUGAUGGAGGAGGCUGUGCUAAAGAAGAUGAUGGAGGUGAUCGGCUGGGAGGAAGGAGGAGAUGGUAUCUUCAAUGCAGGUGGUUCAAUGUCCAACAUGUAUGCUGUGAACUUAGCCAGGUACCGUCACUGCCCUGACAUUAAAGAGGACGGCCUGUCUGCUGCUCCACGACUGGUCAUGUUCACGUCACAGGAGUGUCAUUACUCCAUUUCCAAAGCAGCAGCUUUUGUGGGCAUCGGCACUAAGAAUGUUUACGUAGUUCCAUCUGAUAACAGAGGAAAGAUGAUUCCCUCGGCUCUGGAGGAGCAAAUUAAAACAGCAAAAAGUGAGGGUGCAGUUCCCUUCAUGGUAAACGCCACAGCAGGAACCACUGUGCUCGGAGCUUUUGAUCCCAUCCAGGAAAUCGCAGACAUCUGUGAGAAGUACAAGCUGUGGCUGCAUGUGGAUGCAUGUUGGGGUGGAGGAGCGCUCAUGUCUAAGAAACAUAAACAUUUGUUAAAGGGCAUCCACAGAGCCGACUCUGUGGCCUGGAACCCUCACAAGAUGCUGAUGGCAUGUCUGCAGUGCUCUGCUUUCCUGGUCAGAGACAAAACGAAUCUCCUCCAGCGCUGCCACUCUGCUCGGGCCUCUUACCUCUUCCAACAGGACAAGUUCUAUGAUGUCAGCUAUGACACGGGGGACAAAUCCAUCCAGUGCAGCAGGAAGCCAGACGUCUUUAAGUUCUGGCUCAUGUGGAAGGCUUUGGGAACUGGAGAGCUGGAGAAGAGGGUGGACAGAGCCCUCGUCAUGGCCAGGUAUCUUGCACAAGAGAUCAAGAGAAGAGAAGGGUUCCGUCUGUUGAUGGAACCUGAAUAUGCAAAUGUUUGCUUCUGGUAUAUUCCUCCAAGUUUGAGGAACCUUCCAGAUUGCCCUGAGCUCUGGAAUAAACUCCGCACUGUGGCGCCAGUGGUGAAAGAGCGCAUGAUGAAGAAGGGCAGUAUGAUGGUGAGCUACCAGCCACAUGGAGACAAGGUCAACUUUUUCAGGAUGAUCAUCAUCAGCCCUCAGGCCAGCAGACAGGACAUGGAUUUUGUCCUAGAUGAGAUACACAAUCUAGGAAAAGACUUGUAGUGAAAUGUCAGUUCAGUGAAGAACAUUUAUUCAUCUGUCAUGAACAGACUUGUGGACAAUCAGGGGAUUUUUACCACUGCUAAUAAAAAUGGUCCAGGCAGUGUACUGGUGAAAUAUUUGACAGGAUAUGAUAUGAUAUAUAUGAUAUAUAACAUAAUAAUAUGCAGGUGUAUAAGGAUGAUUAAAGGUUCUAUAUUUAAUAUAUGACAGACAGAAAAGUCAUUUUGAGGGACAUGCAAUGUUUUAAAUUAAGUUUCUGUGUUAUACCUUUUAUUCACUGAUGUAUGAUUUGCUGUGAAUGAUUUGUCAAAGUAUCUCAAAUAAAGAAAAGAAAAAUCGACUGAC